GGUGCGCGUGAGAGUCUCUCAGUCAGCAGUGGAAUGUGUGGAAUGUGUUUCCUGUGUUUGGCAUCAUGAGCGCGAGAGUCUCUCCGGUUUCCCGUGAGUUUCCACGGAGUUUGAGUCCGGCAGAAGAGUUGAAUGAGUGUGUGGAGUUUGAGUCCGGCCGAAGAGUUGAAUGAGCGUGUGUGUGGAGUGUGUGUGUAGUUUCAGUGAUGGCAGAGCCGCUGCUCAGACGGACUUUCUCCAAACUCCGGGCGAAAGAGCGAUUCCGCCGCAAGACGGACCCCAAACUCACCGAAGUGACAGAAAAGGUGGAACUUUUCCAAAGUCCUCCAUCAACUGGAUCCACCUCGGGUCACGCUGAGCCCGAGAGCCCGGAGCGAGAGGAGUGUACCAUACGCUCACAGAUCACCGUCUCCAAAAAACAGAACUGGGCCAAACUUCCCUCCACUUGCAGAGACCCAGUUGGCACAGAUCUGGUCUACGGGCCACUGGACUGGGAUUUGUGCUCUGGAAAGUCUGAGGUCUCAAAACAGGCCUGGAACCAACUAACUUUAAGUGAGGAUGGCUUGAAGAGAAAUCGGAGUGAUCUUGAAUUGGAGUUUAGCGCACCGUGCAACUCAGUUGAGGCCAGUUUACCGGAGCUGACCCCUUCCUCUACGACCUUUACGGAUGUGUGUGUCUCUUCCAGCUCAGCUAAGAUCUCUGGGCAAGGCGCUUACCUUCAGCACCUGGACAGGAGCAGUCGAGCCUGGGUACUGUCCACGGGAAAGCCCCAGGCAUCAGAUGAGGCCCAGAAUCCAGCCAGAAUCACAGAGUGGCGACAGGGCCCGGAUGGAGACGGAAACAUUUGGUACAACCCCAUUCCUGAAGAGGACGACUCGAGGGCCAGCGGAGAAGCAGAUCGGGAAAAAUACGGAGACCCGUGGAGAAAGAGAGACCAGAAACGAUCAGGGGGUUUGACCAAUCAAACGAGAGACUUUCAAACUGAAGUCGACUUAAUCAGGACGGAUAGUUCGGAUCUGGUUACGCUACAGUCGGACUGUAUUAUCCCUGCAAGUGUUGUGAACUCUGAGAGUUCGGCGGCACCAAAGAGAAGCCCAGGAGAGGGUGGAAAUGGCAGCAGUGUGAUCGACAAGAUCAAGUCUCCAGGAACGGUUCGGCGGCUCUCUAUGAAGAUGCGGAAACUCCCAGAACUAAGGCGGAAGCUUAGCCUGCGCUCGUCGCGUAAUCAGCGUCACGGACAGAGCCAAGGAAAUGCCAGCAGUGCACCGGGAGCCUCAGAUGAGGCUUUACCGCCAAAUGCAUGCAAAGAAUCAUCCAACAUCAUCAGCAAGUACCACCUGGACUCCAGUGCACCCGCACGGCCAAGACGUCGAUCCUCUCGAAUGAGAUCCGCUAGUAAAGGAGGCUAUCUUAGCGAUGGAGACUCACCUGAACUCCUGCCAAAGGGUCAGGGGUCGAAAGGCUCACCUACACCACAGGAUUCACUCGCUGUGGCAGACGCGGAGUCUUUCCGCUUGUACUCGCUGACGGAUCAGCCUCGCUGUGCUCAGAGACUCUCAGGACUGCUCACGGUGCAUUUGCUGGGAGUCGAAGAGCUACUCCGACCACCUCGGAUCGACGCUACUAAAGAAGUCUUCUGUGCCAUUCAAGUGGACGGGGUGACCCGGGCUCGAACGUCCCUGCUAACUUGUCGAGGAGCGUGUCUCCCACUAAACCACACCUUUAACCUGGAGCUCGAGAGGGCCCGGCUGCUCAAACUGGUCAUCUUGACGCCAACGACUGCUAGCGCUAACAUCGGGUCUUGCGCACUGGCUGCUCCCGCGCGGAACCGGGUUUGUUGUCUGGGUGCAGUGGCUAUACCGUCCCUCUUCAAGGCUUCUCGCAGUCAGCAGCUGUGUGUUCGUCUGGAGCCUCGUGGUUUGCUGUAUGUGAAGCUGACCCUGCUGGAGCAGUUCGUGACCCCGUUCCCGCGCCUCAGUGACCUGCCGCCCCCUACAGUGUUCGGGGUAGAGCUGCGCCCCCUGGUGGAGAAAGAAGCGUCUGCGCUCGGAGUGCCUCUGAUCAUCCAGAAGUGUGUUUCUGAGAUCGAGAGGAGGGGACUGAGGGUGGUGGGGUUGUAUCGUCUCUGUGGUUCUGCGGCAGUGAAGAAGGAAUUGCGCGAUGCGUUUGAGAAGGACAGUGCCGCAGUUUCCUUAAACGACGAGCUCUAUCCCGACGUCAAUGUCAUUACCGGCAUCCUGAAGGACUACCUGCGCGAGCUGCCGUCUCCUCUGAUCACGAGGACCCUGUAUGAGGUGGUGUUAGAGGCCAUGAUGGUUCGGCCGGCCUGUAGACACGACAGCGACGCUCCGCGCUCACAGGACACCGUGGCUCUGUUGCAGUGUCUUCCUGAAGCGGAGAAGGCAACUCUGUCCUUCUUGCUGGAUCAUCUGAGUCUGGUGGCGUCGUACAGCGACAGCAACCGGAUGACGUGCCAGAAUCUGGCCGUGUGCUUCGGGCCGGUUCUCCUGACGCCCACACAGGAGUCCUGGCAGGCCGGGCUGACGGCCCCGGGGUCAGGGGCCCUGAUGGGGUCAGGGGCCGCUCGAGGGCGUAGCUUUGCACACAGUGAAGAGAUCGCCAGCGCCGUGGACUUUAAACGACACAUCGAGGCUUUGCACUACCUCCUGCAGCUCUGGCCUGUACCCAAAGAUCGAGUGAUUGAUGACUCCGACCAAUCACAGGUCAUCUCUUCUCCGGUAUCCCAGAGUUCCUCACUGUGGCAAUCGCUUCCCUCGGUUCAGGACGAGCCGGUUGUUUCCCGUAGGGGGCGUGGCCUUCAGGACGAGCCGGUUGUUUCCCGUAGGGGGCGUGGCCUUCAGGACGAGCCGGUUGUUUCCCGUAGGGGGCGUGGCCUUCAGGACGAGCCGGUUGUAUCCCAUAGGGGGCGUGGCCUUCAGGACGAGCCGGUUGUUUCCCAUAGGGGGCGUGGCCUUCAGGACGAGUCGGUUGUAUCCCAUAGGGGGCGUGGCCUUCAGGACGAUCCGGUUGUUUCCCGUAGGGGGCGUGGCCGCCUGGAAAGUCCGCCCUGUAACCGAUACGCUGGUGACUGGAGCGUUUGUGGGCGGGACUUCAUGUCGAACGACGAGGCGGAUUACGACGAGGUGGCGGGAAGCGAGAGCGACGACGACAUGGACGAGGCGAAGAAGCGGGACGUGUGGGCGUCGCCCGACGGUUUGUUCGUGGAUGACUUCGCUCUCGACUUCGACGCCCCGUUCACGUGCCGACUGAGUCUGAAGGACUUCGACACACUGAUUUCAGACUUGGAGAGAGAGUUAGCCAAACAAAUCAAUAUCUGCCUCUGAACCUGAGCACUUCUCUCAUCCAUAACACACACUAAUGUCUGCGAACGUUUUACGUGCUAGACGUUAAAGGGAUAGUUCACCCAAAAAUUUAAAUGACCGUAUAUAACAUUCUUUCAGACAAACGCCAUAAAAGUGCAUCUGUCCAUCAUAAAAGUGAUUAUUGGCUUGAGGGAGAGUAAAUCAUGGGCUUAUUUUCAUUUUUGAGUGAACUAUCCCUUUAAUUGCAUAAGUCGCUUUGUAAUAUGGACAUAUAUAUAUAUAUACCCAUCUAUAUGGAUAUAUGCAUGUUUCAGAUAAAUGCGACUUGAUUUUUGACUAGUUUUGAAGACGAGCAAAACAUGUAUUGUGUAUUUGUAUAUGACGCAGCAUUUGACGUGCUAGAACAUUUCAUAGCAGCUACUGUAAUAUAAUAACAAGCACAAAAACUACAAAAAAAAAUUCAUAGUUCUUCUGAAGGCGAGACGUGUAUCUAUUGUUAUCACAAGCUGCAUUAUAACGAGCUGUGAAACGGUUAAUCACAUCCAAAAUAAAACUAUACGUGUAUAAUUAUUUAGUGAAAUAUUUGCAUACUGUAUAUAUAAUUUAUAUUAUAUAUAUUUUAUGUAUAAAUCUUAAAUGUAUACACACUUAUUUUGGAUGCGAUAUACGCAAUAUAAACACUAGUUGUGAAUGAGGCGGAUGCGCUGAAGGAUGACGGCAGGCUGUACGUCUGCGUUACGUUUGUGUGAAGGUUAUUUUAUUUAAAGCUGUGUGUACGACUCUUCUUCCAGAAGGCUGGUGUGUGUGUGUGUGUGUGUGUGUCAGGAUUCAUCAUUCUUUCCACCGGGACAUUCCGUUACGUGUGUUUCUGCGCCAGUUUCUCUUUGGGAACAGCUCUUCUGAGCAGCCCGAGUGUUUUCUUCUGUGUAGUGUUUAGCGGUGGACGUGUUAUUACAUUCCCUCGAGGUCAUGUGAAAGGAACGGUCUGGCUUUUUUAAAGCAGUCGUGACAUAAUGUUGAUUCGAGAAGCCAAAGUCAAUAUCUGAUGCAAUGGCGGUGGCGUCGGUAAUGCUGUCAUUAAAUCUGAAAGCUUGUGUCAUUUUUCUAACACUAACAGAGAAGCAAUGACUCUCUUGCACAGCUCUUCCCAAACUCUCAUUGGUCAGUUAGAGAGAUAGUCCCGCCCCCAAACUCACGUCAUUGGUUGUGAAAGUGACAUUAAAGCAUUUGAACGGUAACAUGAUACAG